AUGUCCUCCCAGCAGAGCGCAGCUUCCUCCAAGGGCUUUUCCAAAGGGUGUGCCCAGAGCCCCGCUCCGUGUCCCACUCCCGCACCUGCAGCCUCGUCCUCCUGCUGCGGCUGCUGUGGUUCAGACGGCGGCUGCUGUGGCUCCAGCGGUUGUGGCUGCUUCCCCAGAAGACGCCGCCGACAGCGUCGGAGCGGGUGCUGCAGCUGCUGCGGAGGUGGCAACCAGAGCUCCAGCAACGUCCAGAGCCAAGGCUGCUGUGGCGGCUGCUGA